AUGAAGCCAAGGGCGGCCCGACCACGGAAGAGAGAAGGGCAGAGGGGAGAGCAGGAGGACCCACCCGCCGGAGAAGGAAACACUGAAACGCACAGAGGCUCGGACUUGGUGCAAUGGACCCGACAUAUGGAGGCUGUGAAGACACAGUUGCUGGAGCAAGCGCAGGGCCAGCUGCUGGAGCUGCUGGAUCGGGCCAUGUGGGAGGCCAUACAAUCCUACCCUCCCCAAGGCAGACCUCUGUCCUCCAUUCCUCCAGAUUCCUUGAGCAAGACCCGGGAGCCAGCCUUGGAGAAAAGGAAAGUUUUCGUCAUCCGCAAGUCCCUGCUUGACGAGCUUAUGGAGGUGCAGCAUUUCCGUACCAUCUACCACGUGUUCAUCGCCGGCCUGUGUGUCUUCAUCAUCAACACCCUGGCCAUUGACUUCAUCGAUGAGGGCAGGCUGAUGCUGGAGUCUGACCUACUGAUCUUCAGCUUCGGACAGCUGCCCUUGGCGCUGAUGACCUGGCUCCCCAUGUUCCUGUCCACUCUGCUGGCGCCCUACCAUGCCCUGCGGCUGUGGGCCAGGCCCCAGGUCGGAGGGGCCUGGACGCUCGGGGUGGGGCUGGGCUGCCUGCUGCUGGCCGCCCACACUGCGGUGCUCGGCAUCCUCCCGGUCCAUGUGGCCGUGGACUAUCAGCUCCCGCCGGCCUCCCGCUGCGUCCUGGUCUUUGAGCAGGUCAGGUUCCUGAUGAAAAGCUACUCCUUCCUGAGAGAGGCUGUGCCUGGGACCCUUUGUGCCAGAGGAGGUGAGGGGGUCCGGGCCCCCAGUUUCUCCAGCUACCUCUACUUCCUAUUCUGCCCCACACUCAUCUACAGGGAGACUUACCCCAGGACCCCCAACGUCAGGUGGAAUUAUGUGGCCAAGAACUUCGCGCAGGCCCUGGGCUGCGUCCUCUCUGCCUGCUUCAUCCUGGGCCGCCUCUGUGUUCCUGUCUUUGCCAACAUGAGCCAGGAACCCUUCAGCACCCGUGCCCUGGUGCUCUCUAUCAUGCAUGCCAUGUUGCCAGGCGUCUUCAUGCUGCUGCUCAUUUUCUUUGCCUUCCUCCACUGCUGGCUCAAUGCCUUCGCGGAGAUGCUACGGUUUGGAGACAGGAUGUUCUACCGGGACUGGUGGAACUCUACGUCCUUCUCCAACUACUACCGCACGUGGAACGUGGUGGUCCACGACUGGCUGUACAGCUACAUAUAUCAGGAUGGGCUGCGGCUGCUCGGAGGCCGGGCCCGAAGGAUGGCCAUGCUGGGCGUGUUCCUGGUCUCUGCAGUGGUCCAUGAGUACAUCUUCUGCUUUGUGUUGGGGUUCUUCUACCCCGUCAUCCUGAUGCUCUUCCUUGUCUUUGGAGGGCUGCUGAACUUCACGAUGCAUGACCGGCACACGGGCCCGGCAUGGAACGUGCUAAUGUGGACCAUCCUUUUUCUGGGCCUGGGCAUCCAGGUCAGUCUGUACUGCCAGGAGUGGUAUGCACAGCGGCACUGCCCCCCAGCCCAGACAACCUUCUGGGGGCUGAUGAUACCUCGAUCUUGGUCCUGCCAUACCUAGAGGUCAGGGCACCCUCACUGCCCCGAUGAUACCACCAAGUUCUUCUCUGCCUGCAAAGCCUGGGACCAGGGCUCCUCUCUCUGCGCUCCCAGACCUCGCUCUGAGUCAAGGAGGCCUGGCAUGCAUGACCCCACCAGCGAGCUCUAGAGACUGAGGUCUGUGGA